UAUCAAUGACUGAUUAUUGCCAGAUGUGGAAAGAUGUCAACUCUGAUAAGAGUUACCUCAUCAAAACCGGUGGUCAAAGAAAUGUUAGGGAGGAUGGAAGAAAUUGAGCCAAAUUUAAUCACAGAAUGUCAGGAUUUUUAAAUUUUAAACAACGUAUGAAGAUGGCUAAGAAAACUAAAUCUAUAAUGCCUGAUCUUCCAACUUAUCUGAGCUCUUCAUAUGAUGGAGAAAGCAUGAAACCAAAAUCUUCAGCUAGGGAGAGUGCCAGAUCUGGCUACAAGAUAUUUCCAAAUAAAUUAGACAAUACUCUCUCUCAAAGCUCUAAUAUCUAUCCAUCAAUCUCAAAUAAGUCUUUGCCAGCUUCUUCAAAGAAGAAAGCCAAGGGAAAGAAAUCUGCUGCUUCUCAUAGCUGUGAUUUAAAAUAACUAUAAAACAAUGAUGAAUAUAAAGAAGCUUAAUCCAACAGAGCAGAACAGCAAAUUCGUUGAACUAUCUCCUCAAGGAUUGGUCCAACGAGCACCUACCAUAAAGCAGAUGCAUGAAACUUUAUAUCCCUCUAUAAACAAGUUUUAUGAUCCGAUGAGGAAAAUAUUAGCUUUAAAGAAUAAAGAAGCUCAAUCAAAACUUUUACAGCAAAGUCUGGGGUCAAAACUUAAGGAUUCAAAUGCUCCGUCUGCUUGCUUGCAAGCUAAUAAGUCAGUUGUGGCUUCCUUUGAUACUAAAUAAUCCUUUGAAACAGAACAAAAUGGUACCCUUCUACAGUAUAAAAUCUUCAAUUAAAAACUUGGGGAAAACAGUGACCCAAAAUAGCACAAAUGAGGAUGAAUCUACUUUAAAAUUCAACCAAAUAUUAGGUAAUUUGACUGCUUGAAUAUUAGACGAUGUUGAAAUAGAGUCUGCUUCUAGUCAGAACUCAACCUAUAACAGUUCCUUCAACCCUCAGAGACUAAGAUCAAAGACUGAAUUGAGGAAGGAGUGAAAUCUUAGCAAAAGAAUGGAGAAAAUGACUCUAAAUAUAGACAAUGCCUAUAACAAGGCUAUGAAAAAGCAAAUGAAGAGGAAACCAAGAAGAACUUAUGAGUGUGGCAACCCAACUGAUCUAUGGUACCAAGAUAUAAAAUGGAUGAAGAAGGCAAAUCCUGUCCCCUUUGAAUACGCUAAAAUGGAUGAGAACAACUCCAAAAAACUUGCAUCUAAUUCGAGAAAGAGGAAAAUGGUGAAACAGAAUUAUUAUCUGAGCCGUAGUAGCCAGGAGCAUUUCUUCUUGAAGAAAGUCUACCAGAAGUUAAAUUUUUAGCCAGCUUCAAUCUUCUAA